AUUAAACGAGAGUCGCGAAUCGACGGCGGCCCCAGCGAGCGAUGGGGCCUAAGGCGCGGGCCUCCCGCGGCACCGCGGGCGACCGCGGCUGGGCCUGGGCCGCGGGCGUGGGGCCCGAGGCCGUGGGGCCCGCGCACCUGCACCUCGCCUACCGCCUCGCGCUGCCGCCCUGCGCCUCGGGCGGCCCCCGGAGGAACUGCAAGGGGAACCCCAACUGCCUGGUGGGGCUGGGCGAGCAAGCGUGGCUGGGCGACCUCAAUGAGGAGGCCUUCCACCAGGUGGACGAUCCAGAUACGGAACGCCGUGCCAAGAACUCGUUCGUGGGGCUCAAGAACCUGGGGGCGACGUGCUACGUGAACACUUUCCUGCAGGUGUGGUUCCACAACCACCGCUUCCGCCAGCUGCUCUACCUCUACCGCCCAGACUCCCCCUCCACCCACGCGGGGACGACUACCUCCUGCUCCAUCACCACCGCCGCCGCCGCCACCAGCAUCACCACCAAGGAUGGGGUGACUACGGAGAGUGAAACCACCGACAGGACGACAAUCACUUCCUCCGCCUCCACGAUGCCCCAAGGCGCCACAGACUCCAGCAACCCGGCAGGAGGGGAGCAGGGCGGCGUGUGCGAGCACCUGCAGCUUCUCUUUGCGCUGCUGCAGGAGAGCGAGCGCCGCUACCUCGACCCCUCGCCCUUCAUCCGUGCCCUCGGACUCGACACCGCCCAGCAGCAGGAUGCGCAGGAGUUCUCGAAGCUGCUCAUGGCGCUGCUGGAGGACGCUCUGAGCCGGCAGCGCGACUCCCGCGUGCGCGACCUGGUGCAGAGCGAGUUCUGCGGGCAGUACGCGUACGUCACCACGUGCGGUGCGUGUGGGCACGAGUCGAGGCGCCCGGCGCGGUUCCUGGAGCUCGACCUCAACAUCCAGGGUCACAAACAGCUGACGGACUGCCUUGAUGAGUUCCUCAAGGAGGAGAAGCUGGAGGGAGAGAACCGCUACCUGUGCGGCCGCUGCCAGGUGAAGCAGACGGCGUCGCGCCGCAUUCAGCUCCUCGGCCUUCCCCGCACCCUCAACCUGCAGCUCCUGCGCUUUGUGUUCGACCGGCAAACCGGGCACAAGAAGAAGCUCAACUCGUACCUGAGCUUCCCGGAGACGCUGGACAUGAGGCCAUACCUGCAGCAUGGCAGCGGCGAGGGUGAGUACGAGCUGAGCGCGGUGCUCAUCCACCGCGGGGUGAGCGCCUACUCGGGCCACUACAUCGCACACAUCCGCGACGCGCGCACGGGCGAGUGGCACAAGUUCAACGACGACGAGAUCGAGCGCGUCGAAGGCAGGCACCUGCUGCUGGGCGCCGAGGACGACCUCGAGCCGUCUCGCUCGGUGGGGCGGAGACCCAAGUGCAUGCGCGGUGUUCACUCAUCGCGCAACGCGUACUCGCUGGUGUACACCGUGCGCGGAGAGCCCACGCCCACCGCACAGGACACCACGCUGCCCGAGUGGCUGGCGGAAAAGGUGCGGGCAGACAACCGCGCGUUUGAGGAGUGGUGCGAGGAAAUGAGCGCCAUGCGGCAGCAGAGCAUUGCCGAGGGUCGCGCCAAACACUCGGAGGUGCGCAGCCUCUACGCCCUGCUGCCGGCGGACAACGCGAGCGAGUUUGAGUUUGUGGGGACGGCGUGGCUGCGGCAGUGGCUGACGGACAGCGCGUGCGUGCGUGCGCUCGACAACGCCGCGUUCGUGUGCACGCACGGCGCCCUCUCGCCGCACCACGUGGGCAGCGUCAAGAGGAUCAGCCGUGGCGCCGCCAACGCCCUGUACCACAAGUACGGGGGCGGCCCGCGACUCACUGAAGCGUCGCUGUGCCGCGACUGUGUGGUGGAGCGCUGCCGGGUGCUGCAGCUCAAGAGCCGACUCAGCGACGACUACCGCACCGUCAGCACCCUUCUCAAGAGCUCCCUGCCUCCCGGCGAGGCAUUCUGGGUGGGCAAGGUGUCCCUGCGGAGCUGGCGGCUGCUCGUGAUUGGUCAGUUCGAGGACAAGGAGGAGGAGUCCAAGCCGAGCAACGGGGGCGGGGAGCGGAGCAGCGACGAGGCGGAGCCGGAGCCGGCGGAGAGCGUUCCCGCAGGCGCGAGGACGGCCCGGUCGUCCGCGGAAGAGGACGGUGGAUUCAACGACGAGGUCCUGUGUCCACACGGAGGGUUGAGCACGCGGGAGGGCGAGCGCCGCCUCGUCUCGGCCGAGGUUUGGCACAAACUGCGCGGUUACUUCCCCUCGGCGCCGGAGUUCCACAGCGCCGCAGAGCCAUGCGCACAGUGCCAGCGGCUGGAGCGGGAGGGGGAAGAGACGGGGGAGAUGCAGCGCAUGAUCGCCACGGAGCAGAAGGGGGCGCUCACCGCGCUCUUCCAGGACAAGGGGCGGCCGACGCUGCAGCCCUGGCCUCAGGACACGGAAACGCUUUACGUGGUCUCUCAGUACUUCCUGGAUGAGUGGAGGAAGUUCAUUAGGCGCCCGACACGUGCCUCGCCCGUGUUCUCAGUGAGGAACUCCAUGCUGCUCUGUCCUCACAGCGGACUCAUGUUCACCCCCGACUCUGUCUCCCAUGAGGAUGCCUCACUGCUGGCGCUGGUGUGGCCGCCCGAGUGGGAGGUGAUCCGCCGCUCAUUCCAGGUGGACCUCGCCAUCACCAUCACCCGGCGGCCAUGUGGGGAAGGGAGCAGCGAAGUCGCGAGCGCGUACAUCACACAGCCAGGCGUGUGUGUAGAGUGCCAGGCCGCUCGGCGCUCCCAGCAGCAGCGGGACCAACAGGAGUACACACAGGCCACGGUGUAUGUGCGCAAAGUCGUCAAGGACUUCAAGGUGAUGAAGGAGGCCGUCCCUGAGCUCGCGCAGAGCGGCUCGGAGCCCGAGGAGGUGAUGGAAGGAACGGACGAGGGCGUGCAGGGAGAGAAGGACCCCGACUUCAGCCAGCAGGCCAACGGGCUGAAGCGGCGCCGCGUCAGCCCCGUCGAGAGCCCCGGCUCCGCAACGGCAGCGGCGGCGGUGGCGGCGGCGGAGGCGGCGGUGCGGCGCAGCGCUCGGCACCGCCGCGUGCGCGGGGAGAAGGGCCUCGUGGUGUCGGCACGGCAGACGCUCCGCGAGCUCAAGAUACAGAUCAUGCACGCGUUCUCAGUGGCUCCGUUUGACCAGAACCUGUCGGUGGACGGACGGAUCCUGUCGGACGACUCCGCCUCCCUUGGCCACUUGGGCGUCCUCCCCAACUCCGUCAUCCUGCUCCAGGCCGACGAGCCGAUUGCAGACUACUCGAGCAUCGAUGACAUCACGCAGGUGUGCGUGCCGGAAGAAGGCUUCAAAGGCACAGGAUUGCUGGGUCACUAGAGGCGUCACCGGGGGCUGGCGCUCUCCCAUCGCCCGCCCCGUGCCGGGACCCUCGUCCCACGGUGUCGCCGCCGUCACCGCUCCUUCACCGGCGGCGGCGCUGACGGUGCCGUGACGGCUCGCUCACCGUGACGGUUAUCUUCCCGUGUGACGACGGUUGUGACGACGGUUGUGACGACGGCUGCUUUGUUUGUUUCAUCGUGACGGUUUUUCGCCGAUACGGUUGUGUCCGCCCCGCCGGCGGCGGUGCUGGUGGCCGGUGGUAGCGGUUGUCGCGGUGACGGUUCUAUGAAUGUGUCACCCUUGCGUUGUACUUGGUAGUGUUGUGGGAGGUGGUGGGUGGGUGAGUGAGUGAGUGAGUGUGCAGGUGAGGGAGUGUCUGGUGAGGGAGUGAGUGACUGAGUGGGAGGGGGAGUGAGUGUCUGGGUGAGUGUGUGUCUAUGUCUUUGUGUCUGUACGUGAUCUUGUGAGUGUAGCAGCGCGACGAACCCGGCGACCUGAGUUCAAUUCUCACUCACGGCCAACACCAGUGACGAGUAUCUGAACCGGUCCUGGGCCUCCUGUAGGUCGACGCAGCCUAAAAUGAGUACCCAGUGCGGUGUGUAAACAUCGCCACUCGGGAGGCAAAGGCGUGGUGUUGGCCACCCACCCCCUCGUGUGCUGUUUUGGCAUUCAUAUGUGCUCACUAACAGCGCUUGCCACAACAGUCUGUUAAGGGGCCAUCCAUUUAGUACGUACUUAUGGAGGGGGGUUCAUCCAAAUGCGUUCGCUUGCAUAUGGGGCCACAGUUCAGUGUCUUCAAGUCCUGCCGGGAGAAGUGGGACUGUGGGAGAGGUGUCACUCCGUGUGCCACCAGGCCCCUGACUGCAGCUAGCACGCAGCUCGGCAAAAUAAGUGGCCAGGGUACGCAACUUAAUUAUUUAAUGCAGCCGGGGGUGGACUAUCUGUUUGCUUAAACACGUGAAUAUUAUUCAUCCUUGUUCGUUUCUGCGUGGAUGAAAUAUCGGCCGUUCUAUAGGAUUGGAGGGGUGGGGGUGCGUCAAGCGUACCUACGCAGGUGGGGGCGGGGGUGUAAAAAGUCUGCGUGCGUACAGGGAGGGGGGAGGGGUCAAGGUUUGACAGAUUUUUGCGUAUGUACUCAAUGGAUGGCCCCUAUGGGGGAUCUUUAUUUUUGGUCUUUGUGAGUGUUGUGUGUCUGGCUAACAGCACUUGCCCGAAUGGCCUGUGAAGGCUAUAUGGGGGAUGUUUUGUUGUGUCUCUGUGCCUUUGUGUGUUUUUGUUUUGUGUGUGUGUGUCUGUUUUUGGCUGUGUGUUCCGAUGCGUUGUGUGUGUUUGCUCGUGUCCUUGUGCCUGAGAAUGCUAAAGUGUGUCUGUGUAGCAGUCUGUUGAGACUAUGCGGGGGAUCUUUGUCUUUUGUUUUGAGUGUAUGGAUGUAAAGUGUGUCAGUGUCUUUGUAUGUGUGAGUGCACGUGAGUGUAUGAGAGUAUGAGAGUGUGUAAGUGUGAAUAUGGAAGUGUAUGAGUGUGAGUACAUGCCUGCGAGUGUGAGUGUUAGUGUCGCGGUUAGCGCGCUGCCCUAAGAAACCCGUUGACCCGAAUUCAAUUCCUGCUCAUGGUCCACACCAGUGACAAUUAUCUGAACUGGUCCUGGGCCUCCCAUAAGUCGACUCAGCCUCAAAUAAGUACCUGGUGGAAUGUGUAAACAUUGCCACUGGGGAGACAAAGGCGGCCGGGCGUGGUGCUGGCUACCCACCCCCUCGUGUGCCGACAGUCUGUUAAGGCUAUACGGGGAAUCUGUGUCUAUGUAUGAGUGUGAGUGGACGAGUGUGGGUAUAUCAGAGUGAGUGUACAGUAUACGUACGCGAGUGUAUGCGAGUGAGUAAGCGAGUGUGUUGUGUGCGUUUUACUAAACAGUUGCGAUGCUAGUGGCAGUGCGUAUUGCACCACGCGAUUGCAGUCCCUUGUUCAUCGUUGCAGUUGUCACGGUUACGGUACAGCCCCCCCGCCCCCCCCCCCCCCCCCCCGUUUGCGUUGGGACUCCCCGUUCGACCUGUGUUUAACCGAUUCAUCAUUGAACGUUUAACUUACAGCGCCGUUCUCGUUUUUGAGUUGGUGCAGAGGCUGUGGUGUGAGCUGGCAGGUUGAUUAAAAGGGUCAGAGGUCAAGGUCUAAGGUGGGUGGGGGUGGGGGGGGGCACGUUCACCCUCCCCCACAUAGGGCAUCCUUAUCGGGCAAGGUUGAGGAAUAAACCACGGCUGAAAGGCA